GUCAGUGUGCAGGCGGGGCGAGGGGCUGGACCCAGCGAGGGUAAAGCCGCCCUGGACCCCAGUGCGCAGCUGCGGUGCCUGCAAGCAUGGUUUAGGCGUUUGUGCCCGGGAGUCUGGCAGUGUCGAGUGUGCUGCGCUCCUUCCGUGAGGCAGAGAGUGUGACAGUCACCAAGGGGAGCGACAGUACCUGAAACUUUUGGCUACUCUACCAAAUCAGAGAAUCCAUCUCCUCCAACAUGGCAGUUUAGGAUUUGUUCUUCAAAGGAAACAUCUCUUCCCUUGAUAUAGGUAAGAAAGUGCUCAUUGUCUAUGCACAUCAAGAACCCAUGUCCUUCAAUGGGUCCCUGAAGAAAGUGGCUGUUGAAGAACUGAGCAAGCAGGGAUGUGCAGUCACUGUGUCUGACUUAUACACCAUGAACUUUGAGCCGAGGGCCACAAGAAACGAUAUCACUGGUGCCCUCUCUAAUCCUGAAAUCUUCAGAUAUGGGAUAGAAACCUAUGAAGCCUACAAGAAAACAGCUCUGUCCAGUGACAUACUUGAGGAACAGAGAAAGGUGCAAGAAGCUGAUCUAGUGAUAUUUCAGUUCCCACUAUACUGGUUUAGUGUUCCAGCAAUCCUGAAAGGCUGGAUGGAUAGGGUGCUGUGCCAAGGUUUUGCCUUCGAUAUCCCGGGCUUUUAUGACUCCGGUUUUCUCAAGGGUAAAUUAUCCCUCCUUUCCUUGACUACCGGAGGCACAGCCGAGAUGUACACAAAAGCGGGGCUGAGCGGAGAUUUCCGGUACUUCCUGUGGCCACUCCAGCAUGGUACCCUGCACUUCUGUGGAUUUAAAGUCCUUGCCCCACAGAUCAGUUUUGGUAUUGAUGUUUCAUCAGAAGAAGAAAGAAAAGUGAUGCUGGCAUCAUGGGCCCAGCGGCUAAAGGGCAUCUGGAAAGAAGAACCCAUCCACUGCACACCCUCUUGGUAUUUCCAAGAGUAGCAUUUUGUGCUCCGGAUACAGCUAACAAGCACCACAGUGAGAGGCCUAAAGCAUGUGCAGAGAAGGUGGCCCUGUGUCCAGAGAUGUAGACACCAUUGAGUGUCUCCAGUUUUACACAACUAGAGCAGAUAUUUCAAAAAUCAGCUUGUUACACUGUAUUAGUUCUGCCUGGUCAUUACUCACUCAUUUUUCUGUUUUGUAAUGUUUCUCUAAAAUCUCUCUUGCUACUUCAUAGUAUAGUUUUCUGAACAUGGAGGUAGAUUUGUUUGUUGUUUCAUUUUAUUUAACUUGAUUGUUCUUUUUAACAGGAAAGAGGACCAUUUGCAGCUAAUGUUUUAGUGCUAAAUUUCAAUUUACUUUGUUUUCUUUUGGCCUGGGGAUUAUUAUGUUUUAAUUGAAAAGCAGGCUAGCAUUUUUUUUAUCAUUAAGUACAUACAGUGAAGAUUUUUUUUAUCAUUAAGUCUAUCAAAGCCUUUGAUAGUAUUCUACUACUGUUUUAAUGACCCUGAAAAAUGGGCACAGACAUAUGGAGACAUCUCCUACCCCUCAGUGUCAUCACUAUUGAAGAGAAGGCUGUUGCUACUUCCCAGGGCCUUUCUUCCUUAGCAUUGUUGAUACUACCCACAAUUCCCUCAUCAGAUUCCUUGCUCAGUUUUGAGUUAGGAUUAUCAUCUUCAAAUGAUUUCUAUCUGCAGUUUCUUUAUAUUCCUUUUACCAGCAUCCUUUCAAAACCUUAUUCAUUAAAACAUUCAUUAGUGUAUGCAUGCACACACAUGCCACUGGCUGUGAGUGUGUAAGUUGUGGCUCCAUAGGCUCUCAGCUUGAAUACUUCGUCCCCAGUUGGUGGAGCUGUUUGAGAAAGCUUGGAAGGUACGGACGCAGCAGCGUGUCUCUGGGGGUAGGUUUUGUGGCUUUAAAGGACCAGUGUCAUCCCGUGUGCCCUUUUUGCCUCCUGCUUUUGGAUCGAGAUGUGAGCUGUCAGCCCUUCCUGCCUUUGCUCUGCCAUCAUGGACUCCAGCUCUCUGAAAGCCUAAGACGGAUCAAGUCGUUUCUUUUAUAAGAUGCCUUGGUCAUGGUGUUUUGUUAAAGCAAAGAAACCUUAACUAGUAUGGAAGUCAGAGGACAAACUGCAGAAAUCGGUUCUCUCCGUCUAUCCUGUUCCAGAGGCUUAAUUUAGGUCACGAGGCUUUACUGAGCCAUCUUGCCAGCUCCAGACUCCUUUUCAUCUGUACGUUCAUCUUUUUGUCAAUAGAUAUUUUUCCAAAUGUA